AUGGGUUUAUUGACAGUAUUAAAAAAAUUAAAACAAAAAGAAAAAGAAUUGAGGAUUUUAAUGCUUGGUUUGGAUAAUGCAGGUAAAACAACUAUUUUAAAAAAAUUUAAUGGUGAAGAUAUUACAACCAUCAGUCCAACACUAGGAUUUAAUAUUCAAACUUUAAUGUACAAAGAAUAUAAACUAAAUAUUUGGGAUAUAGGUGGUCAAAAAACAUUAAGAUCCUAUUGGAGGAAUUACUAUGAAGAAAAUGAUGCUGUUAUUUGGGUUAUUGAUAGCUCCGAUAUAAGAAGAUUUGAUGACUGUGCAUCUUUUUUAGUUUUUGCAAAUAAACAAGAUUUAGAUGGUGCUUUAAGUUGUGCACAAAUAUCAAGUUAUUUAGAUUUAGAAGAAUUAAACACACAUCAUUGGGAAAUCAAAAGUUGCAGUGCAGUCACAGGCGAAGGCUUAGAGGAAGGCAUUGACUGGGUGGUUAAAGAUAUAGUUUCAAGGCUAUUUAUUCUAGAUUAA